AUGCCACUGUCUGCAUGGAGCCCCGAAGCAAGGGCCCUGGCAAAGUAUCUAGAGGUUUCGGAUUCGUUAAAUUUGCCAAAAAGGAAACUGUCCAAAUAGCUCUAGAAGCAAUGCAAGACAAAGAAUUGCAUGGAUCGAAAAUUAAAGUGGAAGUAUCAAAAAGAGCUGAGCCAAGAAGAAAGACCCCAGGUCGCUAUGCUGGUUAUGCCUACCGUCGCUCUCGAUCCAGAUCACAUAGAAGAAGAAGAUCUAUAUCGUCUGACUCUUACUCAAGCAGUCGUAGAAGACAUCAUAGUCGUCGACGACAUUACAAAAGAAGAUCGAUUUCAAAAUCCCCUUCGAGAAGUCCAAGUUAGAGUCAUAGAAGGAGAAGAAGAUGAACAAUUAGAUAAUAUUUCAAAUAAUCAAAAUAUAAUUUAACCUUUUUAAAUCAGCACUGGCUCUCUGCUUAGGAAUUAUAUAGAAUUUAGUUGA